AUGUCAAGACUUCAACUUCUGACCACUAAAUUUGAGAAUCUCAGGAUGAAAGAUGAUGAGUGUAUUCAUGAUUUUCACAUGAAUAUUCUUGAUAUUUUCAAUUUAUCUAGUGCCUUGGGAGAGAAGAUGUUAGAGGAGAAGCUUGUUAAAAAAAUCCUAAGGUAUUUGCCUAAGAAGUUUGACAUGAAUGUCACAACUAUUGAAGAAGCACAGGACAUCUGCAACAUGAAAGUGGAGGAGCUUAUUGGGUCACUUCAAACUUUUGAAUUGGCUAUCAGUGAUAGAUCUGAAAGUAAGAACAAAAGCAUAUCUUUUAUCUCCAACACUGAUGAUGAUGAAGUUCAAUGUGACAUGGAGGUUUAUGAAGGGAUUUCUAAUGCUAUUGUGCUUCUUGGAAGGAAAUUCAAUAAGGUGCUAAAAGGAAUGGACAGAAAGCCAAGACCAAAUGUCAAGAACAUAUUAGAAUGUUCCACGUACCUCAAGAAACAAAAGAAGGGCCUGUCUAUUUCUUGGUCUGAUGAUGACUCUAAAGGUGAACCUGAUGAUGAAACUGCUAAGCAUGUUACAACUUUUAGUGGUAGAUAUGAAUCUGAUGAAGGAGAAAAGAAGAAGAGAAUCAUAGCUCAACUGCAGGCUGAAAAAGAGAAACUUUUAUCUACUGUCACUGUUCUUGAAAAUGAGGUAACCCUUUUGAACUCUAAACUUGAAAACAUGACCAAAUCAGUAAGAAGGUUGAACAAUGGAUCUAUUAUGUUAGAUGAAAUUCUUCAAGUUGGAAAAGGGUCUAGAGACUUAAAAGGUAAAGGUGGAAUUAAAGGGAUAGGAAAGUUAAUGUGUACUGGACUUCCUAGACUUGUUGAUGUUCUUCUUGUAAAAGGAUUGACUGCUAAUCUUAUCAGCAUUAAUCAGUUAUGUGAUCAAGGUCUAAAAGUCAAUUAUAUCAAGUCAGAAUGUUUGGUUACCAAUAAGAAGAGUGAAGUUCUGAUGAGGGGAGUUAGGUCUAAAGACAACUGCUAUUUAAGGGUACCACAACAAACUACUUAUUCUUCCAUAUGUUUAAUGUCUAGGGAAGAUGAAGUCAAGUUGUGGCAUGAGAAGCUUGGACAUCUGAAUCUCAAAGGUACGAAGAAGAUUAUGUUUGAAGAAACUAUUAGAGGUCUACCAAAACUCAAAAUUGAGGAGGGUAAAGUCUGUGGUAUUGGUCAUGAAUUCUCAUCUCCCAUCACUCCUCAGCAAAAUGGAGUGGUAGAAUGUAAGAAUAGAACUUUAAAAGAAUUAGCUAGAGUCAUGCUUCAUGCAAAAAAUCUUCCUUAUCAUUUUUGGGCUGAACCAAUGAAGAUUGCUUGCUAUAUCCAUAAUCGUGUUACUCUGAGAGUCGGUACUUCAUCUACUCUCUAUGAAUUGUGGAAAGGAAGGAAACCUAAUGUUAAAUAUUUUCAUGUGUUUGGGAGUAAAUGCUACAUUCUGGCUGAUCGUGAAUAG